CUUCUUUAUCCUCUCCACUCUCUUUUCUCUCACGCACAACAUAAUCUAACAGACACAAUGUCAUUUGUCUCAUUACGCUCCUUGUCCUCUAGAGCCAUCAAGAUCUCUUCUGCAAAGAAUGCUGCCCUUCAGCUGAGUCGCGCUUCUUACACCGUUGCUUCUACACCUACUAAAUUCGCAACGAUUGACGAGAGUCCCAGGGCUCAGAAGCAGAUGGUCUAUGGACGCGAACUUUCUGCUGCUGCGAUGAAUGCUCAUGGCGAAUUACGUUAUGAUUGGAAGAAGGAAGAGAUUGAAGCCAUUUACCAUUCACCCAUUAUGGAAUUGCUUUAUCAUGGAGCUAAUGUCCAUCGCCUACACUUUGAUCCCUUGGCUGUGCAGCAAUGCACUCUUUUGAGUAUCAAGACAGGAGGAUGCAGCGAGGAUUGCAAGUACUGCCCACAGUCUUCAAGCUACUCUACCUCUGUCAAGGCUCAAAAGAUGCUUGACACGGACGAAGUCCUCAAGGCCGCCCGUGCUGCCAAGGCUGCAGGAUCAACACGUUUUUGCAUGGGCGCUGCUUGGAGAGAUUUGGCUGGACGCAAGAGUAACUUUAAGAAGAUUGUUGGAUUUGUCAAGGAGAUCAGAGCUAUGGACAUGGAGGUGUGCUGUACAUUGGGUAUGUUGAACGAUGAUCAGGCAAACCAAUUGAAAGAGGCCGGACUGACUGCAUACAACCACAACCUCGACACCUCAAGAGAGUAUUACCCCAAGAUCAUCACAACUCGUUCUUAUGAUGAGCGUCUUGAGACUAUCUCCAAGGUCCGUGAAGCCGGCAUUUCUGUAUGCUCUGGAGGCAUCAUUGGCCUUGGAGAGACAGACACAGAUCGUGUAGGAAUGCUUCAUACGCUCUCAACCAUGCCUUCACAUCCUGAAAGUGUUCCUGUAAAUGCACUUUUGGCUGUCGAGGGCACACCAUUAGAGAAACAGGAGCCUGUCAAGGUCUGGGAUAUGGUUCGUAUGAUUGCCACCGCUCGCAUUGUCAUGCCCAAGACUAUGAUCCGUCUCUCAGCUGGAAGAGUUCGUUUCACACAGCCUGAACAGGCUCUCUGCUUCAUGGCUGGUGCUAAUUCAAUCUUCACUGGAGAUAAACUCUUGACAACACCCAACAAUGAGUUCAAUGCCGAUCAGCAGAUGUUUGAAACCCUCGGUUUGGUGCCAAAGGCGGCCAGCUUCAAGGUCGAUCUUGCUGCUGACUCGGAGGUGAAUGAGAAGAAGGAAUGCUGCGGAAGCCAUUCCCAUGCAUAAGCUUUGGUGGACAGGUUGAUAGAUUGAAAGUGUAGAAGAUUAUAAAAAUAAAAUAAAGCAGCA